AGAAAGAAAAGUGUGAAAAGGGCAGAGCAAACAGAACAAACAAGUUAAAGGAUUGAACGCUGAAUGCAAACAUUUAUGGUAAAAGAGAAGUUCUAGAACACUCCCUGGGGUCGCUACCAAAAACUACAGUAAAAACAGCUUUGGUUGCAAAUCAAUGUCAUCAACCUCAGACUCAGAUCCAAACUGCAUAUCAAGUUAACUACCCUUACCCAACAUCGUUUUUUUCAUUUCUCUCUCUCUCUCUUUCUCUCUCUGACCUCGUAUUUGGACUCAGCUUAGUUCCGUGGUUGCGUUGUGGCAGCGUGUUUGUGACCUUGAAAAACCGCAUGUCGGGGAGUUCUGUUCAUUCCAUAGUUCGGGUGGUACCAGGUUUGAACUUUGUUUAGUGGAUCUGACACAUGGGGGUUCAAUUCUGAAGAUUUAAUAUGAAUCAUUGAUGGUGGUUAUAAAUAUUUAGAUACGAAGUAGAUUAAAGAUAGCGCUUUCAAGUUUGAAUUACUUCUAACAAACCUGGAAGAGAGGGUGAUUUAUUAUAGCCAAUUGGGCAUUGAAAAUGGUUUCACUUUAAUUUUGUGAUUACAGUGUGUAAGAUUCGGGAAACUGAGAAGGGGAUAGGCACAAUUAGGCGAUGGUUCGGUGACAUAAUUCGCAGUUGCUUCUUUAAACUGAUUUUUGUCACAAUAAUUUAUCAAAUUCUCUACCCUGUAGGCUAGAAUUUUGUGACUUCUAUUUGGUCACGUUAUCAGGUUUCCAUAGGUUGCAUUUUGAUAAUUGCAGCAUUAUCUUGAAGAUAAAAAGGAAGAGAAAAUGAGGAUGAGGAACAAAUACAGGAAACCAACCACUUUACCUUGCAAUGCAGGGAGCAGAUGUUCAACGUCUGUCGUGGUAUUGAGCUUGUUUGGAUGCCUAUUUUUGCUUCAUUUAUAUACCUAUAUUAGUCACAGUGACAAAGAUGGUGGAGAGUCUCAAUUGCGUGUUAGUCAUCAUCCCCAUUUCCAUGAACUUCAAGAAGUGGAAGAGGAGAACAUUCAAAUUCCCCCGCCAAAGGGAAAGAGGUCCCCCCGAGCAGCAAAACGCAGACCUAAACGGACAACCACACUGAUUGAUGAAUUCUUGGAUGAAAACUCCCAACUGAGACAUGUGUUUUUUCCUGGUCAUAAAAGAGCUAUGGAUCCGAUGCAGGCUGCUGUGAAUGAAAGUUACUAUUACUACCCUGGGAGAAUUUGGUUGGAUACUGAUGGAAAUCCUAUUCAAGCUCAUGGAGGAGGCAUUCUGUAUGAUAAAAACUCAAGAACAUACUAUUGGUAUGGUGAAUAUAAAGAUGGGCCCACGUACCAUGUUCACAAAAAAGGACCUGCUCGGGUGGACAUUAUUGGAGUUGGUUGCUAUUCUUCCAAGGAUUUGUGGACCUGGAAACAUGAGGGAGUUGUAUUGGCAGCAGAGGAAACAAAUGAAACCCAUGAUCUGCACACAUCUAAUGUGCUUGAAAGGCCAAAAGUAAUUUACAAUGAGAAGACUGGAAAGUAUGUGAUGUGGAUGCACAUUGAUGAUGCCAACUAUACCAAAGCAGCCGUUGGCGUAGCAGUCAGUGAUAACCCUGAUGGGCCAUUUGAUUAUCUUGGUAGCCAAAGACCCCAUGGAUAUGAAAGCAGGGACAUGACAGUUUUCAAAGACGACGAUGGGGCGGCAUAUCUAAUAUACUCCUCUGAAGACAAUAGUGAACUGCACAUUGGAUCCCUCACCGACGAUUAUCUCAAUGUGACAUCGGUCAUGAGAAGGAUUCUUGUGGGACAGCACAGAGAAGCACCAGCUUUAUUCAAGCAUCAGCACACAUACUACAUGAUCACAUCAGGCUGCACAGGAUGGGCCCCAAAUGAGGCAUUGGUUCAUGCGGCCGAGUCAAUCUUGGGGCCUUGGGAAACAAUUGGAAAUCCAUGCAUUGGAGGAAACAAAAUGUUUCGGCUUACAACUUUCUUUGCUCAGAGUACUUUUGUGCUUCCUCUACCUGGGUUCCCAGGUUCAUAUAUUUUCAUGGCAGAUAGGUGGAAUCCAGCUGAUUUAAGGGACUCACGAUAUGUAUGGUUGCCUUUGAUAGUGGCAGGACCUGUUGAUCAGCCUCUAGAGUACAAUUUUGAAUUCCCUUUGUGGUCUAGAGUGUCUAUCUAUUGGCACAAAAGAUGGAGACUACCUCAGGGUUGGAACGGGUAUAUAUAGGUUCUCUUUGUACAUUCUUAUAUACAAUGAUUCAGUAUACGGUAUAUAUCUUACCUUGUUGCAUGUCAAACACUUAUUGGAAAAGCUCACUGCUUGAGGAAUUGGAUAUCAUAGAAACACAAAAGUCUCAAUAAUAAGCAGUGCACUUGGCACGUCAUUUUAAUGUAGGGUAAGUUGAGAUUGAUUUGAGGGAACAUAUGUAUAUCGGUGAAGAUUAUCCACUUGAUUGAAAUUUUGUUAAAAUUCCAGCAUUGUUGAUCAGUUCUGCCACGGUAUCGUGUAAUUAGUUAUUAUGUAAAUGAUUCUUUCAU